GUUGUCCUCCGCGGAGGCCCUACUUUUCGCGCUGCCGCUGACAGGCAGACGGGUGGUGCUCCGGUCGCUCAAACAUGGCCACCGUGAUGGAAGCGCCGCUGUAACGUGAACGUUUUCCUUCCUUCGUUGGUCUUUUGCAUUAAGCGCCGAGCUAAAAGCGACUUUAGUGCCGACGCGAUGAGCGAGAAGGCGGCGGGCGACUUGUUGUGAUUGCGGCCGGCCGGCGCCGUUGAGACAAAUGUUUGCUGGCGGCGGCAGCGGCAGCGGCAGCGGCAGCGGCGGGCAACUUGUCUGUAAACACGUCGCUUGAGUCGCGCUUCUCACCAAGCUGGAGAGGAAAAGCAGGAGAAUUGCAUCCAAGCAAAUGCCCUCAGAGGACAGAAGAGCGCCACCUCCCGUCACUCGUGCCGGAAGCAAAGCCGCCGCGUCUGAGAGGCGGCGGCGCGGACGACCUCGGAGAGAUGGCGUAGACGGCCGCGCUGCUCCUCCUCCUCCUCCUCCUCCCAAGACCAGGAAAAAGGGGAGGAGUCGAGGCCAAGCACAGGUGGAGGAUGAAGAGGGCGUGGCCGCAACACAGAAAACUCCUCCUACUGACAAGAUGAAAGCAGAGGACAUGACGAGCGGACGCCGUGGCUCCGCCUCUAGGAGGAGGAGCAACACCGACCCCGCCCCUGCUCUCCCUGAAGCCCCUCCCAGCGACGAUCCCGUUCCCCUCAUCGCGCCCCCGACAUUCUCCUCGGAGGAGGAACCGGCUCCAACUGCUCCCGUUGCCACGCCCCCUCCGCAACACAGCCCGGCCCCCAGCCCAAGUGCCACGCCCGCUGAGGCAGAGGUAGGCGGAGCCAGCGCCGGCUCCAGCCCCGCACGGUCACCCCGGCCGCGCCUCGACGACGACGACGACGCGCCGUCGCCGCUCUUGCGCCGCUCCCCGUCCGAAGACUCGGGCUCGCCGACGCCCAGCCUGGGACACACCGAAAGACGCCUGCAGCAGUGUGCCUUCUGUUACCGCGGCGACCAGCCUCCCAUGGGUCAAGGCCCGCUGGUGGUGUUCGGACCCACGCCGGGCUACAUCCCGCUUCACAUCCUCAGCCGCAGAACGUCCUCGGACCUCGACAGCGAUUGUCACGACCACUGCUACCGACGCAGCCAGGCUGCAAACACGAGCAGCAGCAGUCCGGCGCAGUGUGAUGACGAGUCUUCCUUCCAGUUGGCGGAGCAGCUCGGAGCCGUCGGACUUCCGCACGACAUCGACGUCCAAUCGCUGUUUGACCCCACGGGUCAAUGCUGCGCUCACCUUCAGUGCGCGGCCUGGUCGGAGGGCGUCUGUCGCGGUGAGGGCCAAUCGCUGCUCUACGUGGACAAAGCCAUCGACUCAGGAAGCACGCAGGCGUGCGUGUUCUGCGGCGGUCUCGGAGCGUCGCUGCGUUGCCGAGAGCCGGGCUGCGGGCGGAGCUACCACUUCCCGUGCGCCGCCGCCGCGGGGGCUCAUCAGGACUGGCAGCACAGACGCACGCUGUGCACGAGACACGCGCAAGCAGCGUCUCGGUCGUGCGUGUCGUGUUCAUGCGACGGUGAUGCCGGCAGUCUGUUGAUGUGCUGUUCCUGCGGUAACCAGUACCACGCUCGUUGCCUGGCCCCACCCCUGACCCCCUCCUCCCUGAUCCGGGCUGGCUGGCAAUGCUCUCCGUGUCGGGUGUGUCAGAGUUGCAGGCUCGGAGAGGACGCGUCUCCGUUGCUGGUGUGUGCUCGCUGCGAUAAAGCUUACCAUCCGCACUGUCUGACGCCUCCGCCGGAUCGCACACCUGACACUAAAUGGACCUGUCAGAACUGUAGGGUGUGUCUUCGCUGCGGUGUGAGGUCGUCUGGUCACUGGGCCAAUCACCCCUUCCUUUGUGCAUCAUGUGACCCAGCUUUGCCUUGUCCCGUCUGUGGCCGCAGCCUUGACUUGUUGUCACUGCAGGACUAUGUGAUGUGUGUCUGCUGCUACAGGUCUGUGCAUGUCCACUGUGUUGCUGUCGAAGCAGGGAUCAACGCAACAAAGUGUGAUGACAAAAGUUACAUUUGCCCUACCUGUCAGUCUCAGAGGGCGGAGUUAGCAAUACCCGUACCAAUCCCUCACAGUCCUGCCAAUGACGUCCAGCUUAGUCCCACAGGGGUGCCACGUGUUCAAAGUCCGCCUGAAGUUCUCCCCAUUAGUACUAUCGCUCACAGCCCCUUCCAGGUACGUUCAGAGCAGGCUAAGACUCCAACUGAGCCCACAAGACUGUUGCACAAAGAUCCAGUAUCGUGUCCAGCCGAUGCCACAGACCUCCAGCAAAGUCAAAGUCUGUCUUCUUCUAGCGCCACAGAACACAGACUAAAUUUACUCCUGGCUCCCUCCGACCCAGCAGAACUCCCGCAAAGUCCCACACCAUCUCCUCCUACCACCUCGGAGCAAAGGUUAAGUCCAGUCCCGUCUCCCUCCGACCCAAAAGAACUCUCGCAAAGUCCCAAGUUGGCUAGCCCCACAGAGUUAAAACCAAGUCCACAGUCAUCUCCCUCUCGUGCUCCAGAGGAACAGCUUCAGCAAAGUCCAGAAUCAUGUCCUUCUAACCCCACAAAUAUUAGACUGAGUCCAACGCAGUCUUCGUCUAACCCAACAGACCCCGAGCAAAAUAUAGACUCAUCACCCACUCGCACCGCAGUGCCGAGACACAGUCCAUUGCCAUCACCUGCAAAUCUCACAGAAUUCCAGUGUAGUUUGUCAUCUUCCUUGAACCACACACAGCUUCACCAAAGUCCUUCUUAUGUUACUGAGCUGCAGACAAGUUUAGCAACAUCUCCCUUUAACCCAACACAAUCUAGUGAAAGUCUACCACAAUCUCCACCUGAUCACUCAGACCUUCCUUUGACCUCUCACCCUGUUCCAUCUUCUUCUAACACCACAGAGAUCCAGAAAAGUCCUGUACAAUCUCUUUCAGGUGCAACAGAUCACCUGCAAAGUUCAGUUCCAUCUCCUUCGAAAAUCACAGAGCGCCAACAAAGUCCAGACCCAUCUUCUGUCACAGAGCUCUCUCUUAGUCCUGUCCCAUCUUUAUCGAAGCCCACAGAGAUCCAGCGAAAUUCAGUCCCAUCUCCUAACUCCAAGGAUGUCCAUAUGAAUCCACUACGAUCUCCUUCUAAUGACACUGAGCUACCGCAAAGUCCCCUCCCGUGUCCUAACAUCACAAAGUUCAAGCAAAGUCCGCCAUUUCCUUCUAAUGUCUCAGAGCUCGGUCUAAAUCCAAACCCAUCUUUAUCAAAGCCCGCAGAGUUCCGGCAAAGUCCUGUCCUUUCUCUUUCUAACGCAAAGGAUCAGUGUCUAAGUCCAGUCUCAUCUCCUUGCAACGCGAACGAUCAGUGUCUAAGUCCAGUCUCAUCUCCUUGUAACCCGAAGGCUCUCCAUCAAAGUCCAGUCCCAUCUCCUUCUAAAGCAAAGGACCUUCAUCAAAGUCCAGUCCAAUCUCCUUCUAAAGCAAAGGAUCGCCAUCUAAGUCCAGUCCCAUCACCUUCUAAUGCAAAGGAUCGCUGUCUGAGUCCAGUCCAAUCUGCUUUUAACGACACAGAGCUACAGCAAAGUACAAGGCCACCUUCUGUCACAGACUUCCAGCAAAGUCCAACAUUAUCCCCUUCCGUCUCAGAUCUGCAUUCAAUUCCAGUCUCAUUGACAUCAAAGCCCCCAGAGUUCCCACAAAGUUUAGUAUUAUCGCCAUCUAACACAAAAGAUGUCCAUCAAAGUCCUCUCCAGUCUCCUAACAUCUCAGAGCUCCAACAGUGCCCUUUGCCAUCUCCUUCUAACACAACAGAUCUCCAUACAAGUCUAGACCAAUCUUCUGAUGUCACACAGCUCCAGAAAAGUCCAGCCCCUUCCCUUUUUAACAUCACCGAGCUACCACUAUGUUCAACACUAUCACUUUCUAAAAUCACAGAGCUUCAGCAAAGUCCGAUACCAUCUUCAUUGAAGCCCACAGAGGUUCAAGAAAGUCAAGUCCCUUCUCCUUCCAAUGUCACAGAGCUCCAUCAAAGUCCAGUUUCAUCUCCUUUGAACAUUACAGAUCUCCAACAAAGAUCAACACCAUCUCUUUCCAACGUCACGGAGGUUCUGCUUAGUCCAACACCGUCGCCUUCCAACAACACAGAGCUCCAACAAAGUCUAAAACUGUCUUCCAACGUCAAAGAGCUCCAUCGAAGUCCAGUCCUAUCUCCUCUGAACACCGCAGAGCCCCAUCAAACUGUAAUCCCAUCUCCUUCUAAAAUCACAGAGCACUGUCGUAGUCCGGUCCCAUUUCCGUCUGUCAUAGAGUUCCAUCAAACUCCAGUCCAGUCUCCCAUCAUGACAGCACUCCAACAAAGUCCAACAUCAUCUACUUCUAAUGCCACAGAGGUCCUAGAAAGUCCAGUCCUAUCCCUUUUUGAAGUCCCUAACACGAGACUAAGUCCAAUACCUUCUACACCAAUCCCCACAAAUGUCCAGGCAUGUCCAGUACCAUCUCCCCCAGUUCCUGCAGAACUUGAUGAAAGUCCAGUGUCGUUGGACUCUACCGCCACAGAGCACACACGGAAUUCCAAAUUAUUAGGGCUUGAUCGUCUCAUGGUUGAAAAACUGGCUGAGGCGGCGGAGCUUCCGGAAUGUCCUGCUUCAACUCAUCUUAGUCCGGUCCAAGUAAAGAAUGACCCACAUGGCAAUCACAUUCCUUGGGAAUGUCAGGAAAACCAUGCCGAGUCUCCAAUAAUUCACUUUUGUUCAACACCCUCUCCGGUGUCUUCGGUUCCUUUGGACAUGGAGCCUUUCCCUGUCCUUUCGACCUCCGCACCGGCUCAAGUUAGCCCUGCGUCCAGCCCUUCCAUGCCUUCGACCAGAGAUAAGCUUGCAUUAGAAGCGACUCCGGUGCAGGAUAGUACGAUGUCCGAGCUCGGUCCGGGCAGUUUUGAUGGUGAUGAAGCAAAGCCUGAGAUGAUCUCUCCAGACAACAUUGAGCAAGAUGACGGGAACCGGCUGAGCAGACCCCACAGUCCUGCCGACGUCACUGUUGACACGCCACUUCUCGGAACCCAUGAAGAAAAAUGCCCUCCCGAGCUGCAAUGUUCUCCACAUGUUGAAAAAUCUCUUCUGCAGAGUCCUACACAGGAUGUUGAAACGGUGCUUGCUCAGGAGAGCAAUAUUUCUCAUUCCGCCACUUUUACACUGGACAAGGAUCUCUCGUCAGGCAGUAAACACUCCGCAUGCAGGUCCAGUUCAGUUCCCUGUAGCCCAUCGAGAGUGCCCCUUCACACCACCUCGUGUAGUUUGUCACAGCCUGCCAGUCCAGCACGGAUGCCCUCCACACAACCCGCUACGCCUUUGGAGCUGCCAAUGCUUGUCCGCCAAUUUAUUGCACAACUGACCGUCACAACAACGUUCCCUCAUGCCUGCGGGGGGACCGGCACAGAGCUUAGAACUGGAGACAUUACACAGAACCUAAACCUGGACAAACACACACUUGAAUCAACUCUUUGUUGUUCUGCCAAUAUUGUGCCCGCACCCCCAUCAGUUUCCCAUCCCCAGAGUCCACUUGGUGAUCCACCGUCACCCACACCAUCAAGCCUUGUGUUCCAAAGCACUUCAGUGGACCGCAGUAGCCUCGUUCACGUGUCUUCUGAUGCUGUGGAGGAAGUUUCUUGUCAAAGCGCUUCUCUUGACUGCACACUGCAAAGCCCAAAACCUUUGGAACAGCAGGCUAGCACAGUACAUAUACAAGCUAGUCUGAGUGAUGCUAGCGAAAUGUCUGCUAGUCCUGCCAGCUCACUUCAGGCCUCGCGUGACUUAAAAACGGAGGUGACAGACCCUGCCACUGUUGAACCUUUGCCAGUUAGCACCAGUCCUUUAAGCCAAGAAAGUAGCCUGGUGAUGCUAAGGGACGCCUCUUCCCAGCCACCAGCCAUCCCCUCUUCAGUGCUUUCUACUCACACCGACACAAUUUCACCUCAGAAUGAAGACACCACGACACCAGUUGAGCAUCUGCGCCACGUCAUGGGAUUACCAACAAGUCCUGUUCCAGCAGGUGUUUGGAGUCCAACCGGCAGCGUGGGUGAUCCAGAGCCGCCUCAGCUCACAGAGUCUGGCCAAUCCAGUCCUUUACAAGUGCUGACUUGCGGCAGUCCCUCAGAGAUGAAGGUUUUACGUUCAACUAACAGUAGUCCUACACUGUGUAGACCAUCUUAUGACACCUCUGAUAGCCAAGGUCUGAGCAUCAUUUCCUCGGAGGCGAGCGUUUGCCUGCGCAGCCAAAGUUCCUUACAAACUUGCACGACGUUGCGCACGUGUGCACGUGCUAGUAGCAGCCCGACUCCAACGCAGACUGCUGAAAUAUUUCACGGUAGCACAGAUCCUAGCCUUAAAUCGGACGCACAGGCCACUUUUCAAGAGCGGAAGUCGGUCAUUUCCACUUCGCUGCGGCAUGAUUCGGGUCCAGGUUUGACUUCAGAUUCUUCGUGGAAGAUCAAAGCAAAAUGGACAAGUGGCCAAGCUGGCUCAAUCACUGCUUGCCAGGCUAGUCCGACUUCCCCUUGCCAAUCUCCAGCACCAUUAAGCCCCUUGAAUGACAGACUACCCAGCAGUCCCACUCAGGAAGACACUGAGAUGGCUGAAACUCGAUGUGCUCAUAAAAUCAUCGAUUGUCCCCCCCCCACUCAUGCUACGCAAACCCACGCAGUGAACCGGAGCCAGCUUUCUAGUCAAUCACGGUUGGCUAAUGCACAGAUUACGCCUGCCAAUCCCGAGGACCCAGAGACCGGUAGGGGUCCACCUCGUCGCGCUCACGCUGGACCGUGCCCUUCUGGUCCUACUUCUACCUCCCUGUGUCUGGGUGAGGCCACGUCCAUUUACACCACGGACCGGGAGGAACAUCACACCUUACCGCAGCAUCCUCCCGAGACGACAAAAGGGGGAGUGCUGAAUCUAGAGAACGAUGAGCAGGAACAGGAGGAAAAUGAGGAGCAAAAGAAAGAGAAAAGCAAGCAGGAGGAGAUGGAGGUAGCGCAACAUCAAGGGCAAAAGGAGCAGGAGCAGGAGCAGCAGGAGGAGGAGGAGCUCAGCAGUCCAGGAGCUCAUCUGUCUCCUGGUGAGCCUGCUGCGGGGUCCUCCUUCCACUCCGGCCCUCCCUCACCUCCCGCUUCCCCGCCGCCGUCGACGUCGACCGGCCCUCUUCAACGCGGCGACGUGUCCUCGGAGGCGUCCCUCCCUCUCAGUCAGUGGGGACAAGAAGACACUUUGUGCUCCCAGAAGAUGCUAGAAGCCAACAAAGAUGUCGUCCAAUCCCACGCCGAAUGGUCGGCCCCGGAUGCGCUCGCUAUCCGGCCGAAGCGGGAAGAGGUGAGGGAGAGUAGCAGCGACGGCGAAGGGGAGCCGGAGGCAUCUUUAGACGCGGAGGUGAUGAAGCUGAUGACCUCGUCGUCUCCGCUUUGCGGGUCCCCCCGGCUCCCUUCCUCCCCCAGCCCUCCCCCUCUGGCCACGCGAAGUCUCAGGCGUCCUCCUCCCUCCUUGCCUCUCUCAGACGAGCUCUCCAUCCGCCUAAGACAGUCUCCUUUCUCCACCGAGGCCUCGCCGGAGACCUCCCCCGUCAGGGUCUCCGUUACCCCGCCGCCCCUCUCCCCUCCUUCGCCCCCCCUCAGCUUCACUCCUCCGUACAGGGAGUCACCGCCCCUGUGCGAGACGCCUCCGUCCACGGUGAUCCCUCUCACUCGUAAGAUCGGCAUGGGCAAGCCCGCCAUCUCCAAAAGGAAGUUCUCACCCGGCAGGGCCCGGGUCAGGCAGGGUUCGUGGUGGAGUCACGUCAGGGCGGUGAGCCCCCCGUCGUCCUCUCAGGACUCAACGGGCGAGGGGUGCCGGGACAGGCCCGAGUUCCGUCAGGCGGACUUGCCCCACUGGAGCAUGAGAGUGGGUCGUGGGUUGGGCUUUCCUGGGAGGAGGCGGUCCAGAGGAGGAGGUGUCGGAGGAGGGCGAGGAGGACGCGGAAGGAGUCGAAUUAAGACGCAGGACUGUUUGUCGGUGGCAUCGCCGUACAGUUUGGUGGAAUCCGUCCCGCCCAAGCAAGAGGAGGACAACUCCAUGCACAACACGGUGGUGAUGUUCUCCACGUCGGAUUUGUUCACUCUCAGUCAGGACAUGUGCGUGGUGUGCGGCAGCUUCGGUCAGGGAGCAGAAGGUCGACUGCUGUCGUGUUCCCAAUGCGGCCAGUGUUACCACCCCUACUGCGUUAACGUCAAGGUUACUCGCGUCAUCCUGACCAAAGGGUGGCGCUGUCUGGAGUGCACGGUGUGCGAGGCGUGCGGCGAGGCCACGGACCCCGGUCGGCUGCUGCUGUGUGACGACUGUGACAUCAGCUACCAUACGUACUGCCUGGACCCGCCCCUACACACCGUCCCCAAGGGGCCCUGGAAGUGCAAGUGGUGCGUGUGGUGCGUCCAGUGCGGCUCAGCCUCGCCCGGUCUGCGUUGCGAUUGGCAGAGUAACUACAGCCGCUGCGGACCCUGCGCCAGUCUCACGUGCUGCCCCCUCUGCCAGAGAGCCUACACCAACGAUGACCUCAUUCUACAGUGUCAGCAGUGUGACCGGUGGGUGCAUGCGCUUUGUGUCGGUCUGACCACCGAAGACGAGGUGGAGAUCGCUGCUGAUGAAGGUUUCCACUGUCCGCUGUGCAAAUCACACAGCCGCAUCCCAUACGGGAGGCUGCUGGACAACCUGGACGUGGCUCAGAUCCUCUCCCGGAGCCGAGAAGCAGACACGAAGACGUACAGUCAGGACGGCGUCUGUCUGACCGAGUCGGGCCUCUCUCAGCUCCAGUCUCUGGUGGAACCCUUGACCUCCGCUCGCAGGUACCGCAGGUGUAAACCCAAACUGAAGCUUAGGAUCAUCAACCAGAACAGCGUGUCUGUCCUGCAGACCCCACCCCACCCGGACACAGGUCACUUGGAGUGUGACCUCAAGUCCGACUCGAGCCCCGAGAGAGCGCAUCUCCGCCAGGAUGACGUCGGCAAAGACUCGGCCAAGAGGAAGAGGAAGCCGUACAGGCCAGGUAUCGGAGGCUUCAUGGUGCGGCAGCGAGGCGGCAAGGCGGCCGGCGGCGCCGUCAAAGUGUGCGGCGGGAGAGAUGCGAGCGAGGUGCUGCGUGCAGACGAAGAUGGAGACAAGGUGAAGAAGCGAUACAGAAAGAAGAAAACAAAGCUAGAGGAGGCCUUUCCGUCUUAUCUACAGGAAGCCUUCUUUGGUCGGGAUCUUCUGUAUCGCAUUCGUCAGGUGGACCCGGGGAUGCUCACGGAAGUGACGCGGAUCCGCCGAACGGGAGCGCUUGCUGGAAAAAGCCCCGCCCCCUCGGAAAAGCUGAUGAACAGAAAGCAGGAAAGACUUGCGUUGUCGGAUGACGCGCUGGUGGAUCUGCGUGACGUUCUCGACACACACCCUCACAUUCUGGCCACAGGACACGCAGUCGUCCCCUUGCCGACCUCGGAGCUGACGGGGACCGGAGGCCGGGCCCAGAAAGCGUUGCACGAAGAGCCUCUGGACGCCAUCUUAAACCCCGAGCUGGACAAGAUUGUGACGGACGGUGCCAUCCUGAGCAAAUUGUACAAGAUUCCAGAGCUGGAAGGGAAGGACGUGGAAGAACUUUUCACUGCUGUGCUCAGCCCGGACACCGGCGAGCAGCACAACCAACACGCGCGCACUGCAGCAGCGGGCGUCGGCGCGUUUCCACGUCCGGCUCUACUGAACGGCCUGGCGGGUCGCCCCCCCCCCGACGUGGACGCGAUGCCCGGCGGGACCUUCCGAGGUUCCGCCCCUUGCCUGCUCCCGACCGUUCAGGUGGCGGGGGAGGGUGAGCACGACGCCGUGUCCACGGCUCAGAGGGGCAUGUUGAAGUGGGAGAAGGAGGAGGCCCUGGGGGAGCAGGCCACAGUUGCGCCUGUGCUCUACUGCAACACCAACUUCCCCCACCUGAGGGACCAGCACCCCGAGUGGUCCGCGAGAGUGAAGCAGAUCGCCAAGCUCUGGAGGAAGGCCAGCUCUCAGGACCGAGCGCCUUACGUGCAACGGGCGCGAGACAACCGUGCGGCUCAGCGCAUCAACAAGGUCCACCACCUGCCCUGUGAGCCCCCGAGGCGCGCGCCCCCCUCCCAGCCGCCGCCGCUUCAAGGAUCGUACGAGGGCGUCUCCCCGGAGGCCGACUCGACGCCGAAGGAUCCGCUCAGGCCCAAAGAGUCGCAGCAGGAGCAGGAGUGGAAGUUGAGACAGGGAGAGGUAAAAGACAGAUGGCGAGCCGGUAAGAAGAGGCAGGAAAAUACAGAUAAAGAUUGUCCCUUCCAAGCAUCUCUAGCAGGAGGUGGCAAAGAGGCUCCGCAAAUGCGUCAGAAGAGCAAGCAGCAGGCCAAGAUGGAAGCCACCCAGAAGCUGGAGCAAGUGAAGAACGAGCAGCAGCGGCAGCACCAUCAGCAGCAGCUCUCGGCAAAUCAGCAGCCGGACGUGUCGCCGGACUUUCAGGCCCGACAGAACCUCCUUCAAGGCUCCUCUUCGGUUGACAACGUGUUCCUCAGACCACAAGUCCCGCCUCCUUCUGGCUACUCCUCGCUUCCUCACUCCCCCCACUCGCCUCACUCUUCCUCCCCCCUCCAGCAGCCCCCGUCUUCCCCCCAAGUGUUCUCCCCUCCUUCGUCCCGCCCCACUUCACCCUGGGACCCCUACAGUAAGCCGGCGGGAACCCCUCGGCCCGCCUCGGUUCAGCGUUGCCCCCUGCUCAGCGUCUCACCUGCUCACGACAGCCUGGGAUCUCCCGCACCGUCCCCGGACUCGAAAGCCUCUGACGGUUUAAGGACCCUCGCGCCCCAGCUAGGUCUGCAGCACAGCGGAGCGGCUAUGAAGAGCCCCCCCUCUGGCUCCCAAGUGUACCACAGGUCUCAGGUCCAAGGGGGGGUGUUUAAAGCCCCUAUGCCCCCUCAAAACCAGCUGCAACAAGAGUUGUUUGGUGCCAGGAGGGAGCUGGGUCUCCACCAGCCUCAGGAUCCCGCCUUUCAUUGUGGCCUGGACUCCCCUCAGAGCAGCUCUUACGCCCCCUCCUCGGGAGUUGACAAUAGUCAGCAGAGCUCUUUGCCUCUGCGGCCUUCACACAACACCUACACCACCUCUCCGACUUCCGGCCCACAUAACGACGGCUCGUACAUGCCGAACCCCAACCUGAGUCUGUCGCUCGACCACCUGAAGAUGGUGAGCGGCCGCCGGCCGUCCCCCUCCCGCCCUACGUUGGACACGUACGCUUCGCACACCGGCACGGUUCCUGAGCGCUUCCCGCCGUCGCCGGGUGGUGCGCUGACCUCCGACCCCUACGCCAGAGCGGCCGGUACGCCGCGCCCCUCGGCGGACCCUUAUGCCCAGCGACCCCCCACCCCUCACCCUCAGAAGACGCCGGAAACUUUUGGCCAGGCCCAAGUGGAGAGCUUAGCUCCUCAACUUGUGAGAUCUUCAGUUGCUGGCGAGAUUGUGACUCAUGAGCAGUCGCCACAGCCGGACUCCUUCCCCAGGACCCCCGCGGGUAGCCAGACCCCAAAGCACCGCCGGGCUCCCGACGACAGAUUUCCGUCAGGUCGUGUCACCUGCGGAGCCCCCCAAACGGACAAGAUGGCAGCCAAUGACACGGCGACCCCUUCAGAAGGGCCGCUGUGCUUGCUUCCGCAGGUUGGGGACUCUCAGGAGAAACUCAAACAGCGUCAGAGGCUGCGCCAGCUCAUCCUGAGGCAGCAGCAGCAGAAGAGCGCAUUGCGGCAGGAUAAAGGCCUUCAGGAGGGCGGGCCCUCGGCCGUCACACCCGGGGCGGCGACGCCCCAUCGCUGGCUCCAGGACGCCGCCGCCGCCGCCCCGACGGACGUGUUUGGACGUCCCCCGCCGCCUUACCCUGGCGCGCUACGUCUUCCCAGGCCGCCUGGGGCUUAUCCUGGAACUUUUCCAGGAGAACAGCCGAGAGGGUUGACCCCCAGUGGGUCUCCUUUUCCCGUGCCGAGGGCGACGCCGUUGAGGUUUGGUCUGCAGGACUCCUUCCAUCGGCCCCCCCUGGCGUUGGUUCCCGGCGCCGGGCUCGCAGGGCCCAGGAUAGCACCCGCGCCAGUCCACGGUGAGAUGAUCGCCAUCCGUCAGCUGCCCGCCUCCAGCCCGCAGCCUCACGUCAUGUCAGUGGCCCCCCAGGCUUUUCCCGUCCCCCGCGCUCUCUCCGUGCAGCAGCACAACAUCAUGGGUCAACCCUACAUUGAACUUCGCCACCGCGCUCCAGAGAACCGCCUGAGACUGCCCUUCUCCCUCACGGUCGGACCCGCCUCCGAAGCCCCCUCGCCGGUGCCUCAGCCGUCCGCCCCGAGGCCCGGUCCGGGCGCCCGGACGGGGGAGACUCCGACGGGCCGGCCCGUGCUCCCGAUGGUCCCGCAGCAGAACCUAGUCCAAGCCCCGACUCUGGGUCCGGGCAACGAUGCGGCGCUCCAAAGAGCCGAAGGCGUAGACGAGCAUCUCGAGGGGGUGGACUCUGCUGUCAAAGAUCUGGAAGACGUGGAGGUGAAAGAUCUUGUUGACCUCAAUCUCAACCUGGAUCCGGAAGAUGGCAAAGAAGACUUGGACCUGGGUGCUAACGACCUCCACCUCGAUGACUUCCUGCUGUCCGGGAAGUUUGACCUCAUCGCUUACGCUGACCCGGAGCUCAACCUGGAUGACAAGAAGGACAUGUUCAAUGAAGAACUUGACCUGGGAGAGUCUGCGGGGGACAAGAAGGACGGAGCCAGAAAGGCCGAUAACCGCGCUGACGUUAAAGAAGGCGGGGACGAGAGCGUCAAGGCAGAUCCUCAAGACCAGUCCGCUCCACUUCAUCUCCUUCCACAACCGAGAAAGCUCCCUGGACCAGAUGGCGUUUUUGGACCACCUGCAGUCGCAGCUGGAGCCGCUCAGCCCAGCUCCUCUUUGCAGCUGGCUAAGGGGGAGUUGGGAGAGUCUGGUUCUGGUUCGGGGAUUUUGCCAGAACUCCAAGCCCAGGGAAAGGUUCUGUCUUAUGCCGCGACUCCCACGCUGGCUCCAGGUACGCAGCCUGGCUUUCAGCAGAGAGCACCCGGACCCCCGUCAUCUUACUUCGCUCCUCCACCUCAGACACAUCCGUUGCCCUCUCAGGGUCUCCCUUCUGGUUCUGGCCCUCACUCAGUGUCGCUCCGAUUGCCCCAGCCUCGCGUCCUCCUCGCCACCCAGGCUCAGCCUCCUCAGCUAGACGUGCUUUCUCCGACCCAGGAUCAGGAUCAGGACCAGGACCAGGACCAAAACAAAGGCAAAGCUUUGCUUCUGGAGGAACAGCCUCUCUUGCUGCAGGAUCUCCUGGACCAGGAGCGCCAGGAGCAGCAGCAGCAGAAGCAAAUGCAGGCCCUUAUCAGGCAAAAGUCCACCUCGGACCCCGGAAUCCCCGAUUUGGCAGACUUUGACUCUAUCUCGGACCCCAUCAUGAAGGCCAAAAUGGUGGCUCUGAAGGGCAUCAACAAGGUCAUGAGCCAAGGCAACCUGGGCCUCAACAGGUUUCAUCAGGCUCCCGGCAACGCCGCUUCUGAGGCCACAACGCAGCCUCCUCUUUCAGUGGGACGGGACGCCGAGUUGACCCCUCAAGUGGCACAGCCCGGCCCUCCCAGCUGCGGACCCGGCUUUGGCAGCGACGCUCGGAGGCAUCAGUACGAGGAGUGGUUGGGGGAGACUCAGCAACUCCUGCAGAUGCAACAGCGCCUCCUGGAGGACCAGAUCGCCGUCCACCGCAAGACCAAGAAGGCUCUGUCGGCCAAACAGAGGACGGCCAAGAAAGCGGGCCGCGCGCUGGCCGAGGAGGAUGCCGCCCAGCUGCACUACGUCGUGGAGCAGCAGUCCGCCGUCCAGAAGCAGCUGGAGCAGAUCCGGAAGCAGCAGAAAGAUCACACGGUGCUCAUCGAGGACUACAAGGCCAAACGGCGGCAGCAGAGGGCCCCCGUCAACGUGCUCCCUUUGCAGAAUAACAUCCAGAACAUCCCUCACGGUUGGUCGCCAGCAGGCUUGAAUUUGACGUCUCGCCCGCCGCCUCCGAUGUCGCCCGCCCGCCCGACGACCCCUCAGGUCGCGGCCGUAGCCCCCGGGCUCCCGGCUCCGGCGGCGGGCUUCGCCCCGGCGGCUCACGUGUCGGCCCCCUCUCCUCAGGUUAAAUUUGACGACAACAACCCGUUCAGUGAAGGAUUCCAGGAGAGGGAAAGGAGGGAAAGACUGAGAGAGCAGCAAGAGCGACACAAAGUGCAGCUCAUGCACGGGGUGGAGCGCCAUCAAAUGUUGCACCAGCAGAGGAUGGAUCUGGAUCAGCAAGGCCUUCGAUCGGGUCCCGCCGGGCCAGGCUCCAACCCCAGCGGGGAAGGUCUCCCCCAGGUGCCCUUCUUCAGUUCUGAGCUUCCCCAGGACUUUCUCCAGUCCCCCCCGAGCUCUGGAGCACCGCUUUUUCCUCAGGCUCAGCAGGGCUUCACGGCGGGGCCGCGCCCGGAUUUCAUUCCCGACGCUUCCCCGGAGCGGGGUGGGGUCUUGCCCGCGGAGGCGGCGUCUUCCAAACUGCAGGCGAAAGCGCGACCCGCCGGCGGUCUGGAUCAGGUCCGCGCCUCGGGGGCCUUUCAGACGCCCUCCAAACAAGGCGGUCAAGGUCAUCCUUUGGGCCCCGACUCGGCCUCCUCCUCGCCGUCCGCCGCCCUCCAGGCGUCGUUCUCCUCGUCGCCCCUUCCCCAGCUUUACGCUGACAUCUUGCCCGACGAGGGCUUGAGGAGGAGGAGGAGGAGGAGGAGCGUCCACCGGGACCGAGACAACGCCGGAGGGGCGGGGGGAACCCGGACGCCGCUGUCUACUCACUCCGAUGACAUCACGGCCCCGCCGACGCCGGCGUUUUCCGACACUUCUUGUUCUACUCCCACACGGAGCGGCGCGGAGACGGCCGACUUCAGCUUGCCCCUCUCGGCUCUGGCGCCGUCCUCUGAACUGGAGCGGCAACUGUCGGUGGUUUGCGCGGCCCGGGAAAGAAGUUCUCUUCUGAGCGCGGAUGCUCAAGGCGGCUUCCUGUGUGGGAAUCUAACGACGGUCAAGGAGGAGCGCGUGGAGCGAGGAUCCUGCGGAGGAAAUCCCGUGAAGUCGGAAUGCACCUCCCCUCUUCACGCCGGCAGCGGAGGUGACCCCGGGAAGGAGCUCCUCCGCCACCUGCUGAAGGAGAAAAACUCUCCCGCAAAGACGGCGUCGCCGAGCCGCCAGGCCCCUCCCGCCGUGGAUGGCGCCGGCUUCUAUGGCAAUUUGACAGCGGACGGCCCCGACGUCCCGGACCUGUUGGGAAAGAGGAAGGCCCAGCGCUGUAAGAGAGCCGCACGGCCCGACAAAGACAAAACUCUGGGCAAAUACAAGAGGAGACGACGAGAGGACGGCGACUGCGCUGACGACGACGACGACGACGAACGCGCCCUCGACUGCUCCUCCUCUUCCCCGUCGGAGCAGAUCAUGACGCACCUCACGCAGCUGACGGUGCUGCCCCUCAUGGAGCCGGUCCUGGGUCUGGACCUGAGCCCGUUCCCCCCGUACGGCAGCUCGUCUCUGGGCCGAGACUCCAGGCUGAGCGGCUCCUUCGGCAGCGCCUGCCUGGACGGAGUCGCCGACUACUACGCGCAACUCACGUGCAAAAACCUCCUAGGCAACCCCCCCACACCUCCAGCCUCGCUGCCACCGACCCCCCCUCCGAAGCUGGUCAACGGCUUCGCCGCAGCGGAGGAAGUGAGCAGGAAGGACGGGAGUGCGCCUGGGCCUGCCUUUAGCGCAAGGUGACCUCGUGGCGCGAUCUCAUUGUCCCGUCCGCCAGAUCUUGACCGGAGCGCCGUGGACGUGCCCGCCUCCCUCCCCACGCCGCCGCACAACAACCAGGAAGAACUCCGCGUGCGGGACUCGUCGCCCCCGUGCGACAGUCCGGACGGUUUCGUGCCGUCGUCGUCGCCCGAGAGCGUGGCCGACGCGGAGGUCAGCAGAUAUCCCGACCUGUCCUUCGUCAAGACCGAGGCGCCGUCCCCCUGCCCGUCGCCGCCCAUUCCCAUCGUGCCCUGCUCCUGGGGCAAAGGCUCUGCGCUGAAGCGGGAAGUCAAGACUGAGCCCGACCAUCCGGCUCCUCCCGUCUGCUCCAAAACAGAUUUGGUCACCAUAGCGAUUACCUUGAACCCGACAGGCUCCCAGAAUGUUCCUGGCGUCAUGGCGGCGGUGGCCGAGCUGCUGCGGGUGCCCUCCUCCAUCGACUACCGGCUGAGCCGCGCCCAGUGUGCCCCGACGGGCCCGACGGACGGAGUCUCGGCGCCACCUCAGACUUCAAGCAGCAGGCAGCAGAGAACAGCGCCACCAGCUGAUGUGAGGACGGACCCCAUCCAACGCGGCGCCAUCUCUCAGCCGCCGUCAUGCAGCUUCUGCAAAGUGCUUCUGGGAAAAGUCAAAGAAGCCAAACAGGAGGCUCGCUCGGGUCUGCUGUUCUGCAGCGCCGACUGCUCGGCUCUCUACUCGUCAGGUCCAAAGAGCGGCGCCUCCGCAGACCGGCCGGCGGACCAGCGCCCCCCUCCGUCCCCUCCGCACCGCUACGCCAACAAUAUGUCGUCCAUCGCCGUGCACUCGCUCCCGACGGCCCCCGCCCGGACCGCCGGAUCGUCCCCGCCUCUCCGCUUCCCGCCGGCGUCCGCUGUCACCAUGGAGACCAAACCCCGCGCGGACGGCCUCAAGGUGAAAGUGAAAUUGAAGCCCCGCCCCUACGCCUUCUCCGAGGGCGACGGCUCGCUGCCCGGCAAGCGGGUGAAGGGUUCGCGGUGGCGCCGCUGGAACGUCAACGUCGCUCUGAGCAGGGGUCCCAUUUCCGACAAGGCAGCCGCCAUGCCGACCGAGGAGGAAGCGGACGUGUUGUUGAAGAAGCUGGGGGCGUGUCUACGGCCCGACCCCUUUCCUGCCGACCGGCGAAGGUGUUGCUUUUGCCACCAGCAGGGGGACGGAGAAACCGACGGACCGGCCAGACUGCUCAACCUGGAUUUGGAUUUGUGGGUGCACCUGAACUGCGCCCUCUGGUCCAGCGAGGUGUACGAGACUCAGGCGGGCGCGCUGAUCAACGUGGAGCUGGCACUGCGCCGCAGUCUGACGCUGCGCUGCGCCCACUGCCAGCAGACGGGCGCCACCAGCGGCUGCAAUCGGCUGCGCUGCGCCAACACCUACCACUUCACGUGCGCGCUCAGGGCACAUUGCACCUUUUUCAAGGACAAGACCAUGCUGUGCCAGCUUCACCGGCCGCGGACGGGCCCCGCCGGCUCCCCGCCCUCGGCGCCGGACCCGCGCGACCCCUACGACUCGGAGCUGCGGCGCUUUGCCGUCUUCCGCCGCGUCUACGUGCAGCGCGACGAGGCGCGACAGUUGGCGGCCAUGGUGCAGCGCGGCGAGGCCGGCCACACGUUCCGCGUGGGCAGCCUCCUCUUCUGCGCCGUGGGGCGGCUCCUCCCGCGCCAGAUGAACGCCUUCCACGACGCCGACGCCAUCUUCCCCGUCGGGUACCACGCCGACCGCAUCUACUGGAGCAUGCGCCACGGCAACAGGCGCUGCAAGUACAUGUGCUUCAUCGAGGAGCACGACGCCCGGCCCCUCUUCAAGGUCAAGGUGGUGGAGAAGGGCUACGACGACCUCGUGCUGACGGCGUCCACGCCCAAAGGCGUGUGGGAGCAAAUCCUGGAACCGGUGGCGCGCCUCCGAAGUUCCGGCGGAACUCUCAAGCUCUUCCCGGACUUCCUGAAAGGGGAAGACCUCUUUGGACUCAGCGCCUCGGCCGUCAGCAGGAUCGUGGAGUCUUUGCCAGGAGUGGAGGCGUGCGAGCGCUACACCUUCCGUUACGGCCGCAACCCGCUCAUGGAGUGGCCGCUGGCCUUCAACCCCUCCGGCUCGGCCCGCUCGGAGCCCAAAGUCGGCGCGGCAAAGAGGCCGUACCUGCCCGCCGGCGCGGCUCCCAGGUGCCAGGGCUCGGUGGGCUCCAUCGUGGGUCCGGUCCCGGGCGUCAUCUCGCUGUCGCCGGGCGAGACGGUGGCGGGCGCUCAUCAGGGACGCCACUCCAAACUGGCGCAGUACCGCCGCAUGAAGGCCGACUGGAAGACCAACGUCUACCUGGCGCGAUCCCGCAUCCAGGGCCUGGGGCUGUACGCCGCCAGGGACAUCGAGAAGUGCACCAUGGUCAUCGAGUACAUCGGCGCCAUCAUCCGAAGCGAAGUGGCCAACCGCAAGGAGAGACUCUACGAGAGUCAGAACCGAGGCGUUUACAUGUUCCGGAUCGACAACGAUCACGUGAUCGACGCCACCAUCACCGGAGGACCCGCCAGGUACAUCAACCACUCGUGCGCGCCCAACUGCAUCACGGAGGUGGUGAGCGUGGACAAGGAGAACAAGAUCAUCAUCAGCUCCUGUCGACGCAUCCAGAGGGGAGAGGAGCUGUCCUACGACUACAAGUUCGACCUGGAGGACGACCAGCACAAGAUUCCGUGCCACUGCGGCGCCUUCAACUGUCGCAAGUGGAUGAAUUGAGCGCGAGUUCCAUUGCCGGGCGAGAGGCUGGUCCUCUGUGUGUAAAUGUGUACAAAGAUCAGCAGAUGAUUUGUGUAAAAUAACUUUUGGUUUUGUAUUUAUUACUAAAUGAGCUUAUUUUCUAAUCACACUCACUUGUUUUGGGUGCCGGCGUGUAAGGAGAAAAAAAAAAAAAAAAAGACUUGACACUUUGGACGAGAGGUCGUUUAUUUUCAAGUUUGAGUUGUUUGUGGCCACGCCCCCCCCAGCUUUUUUUUUUUUUUUUAACUUGACAUUGUGAGAAUGAUGAAAUGAAUUAUGUUUUGGGGGAUGUUGUGGAACCUGAUUUAUCAACAUUUACAAAAAAUAAAAUAUUUUCCAUUUUGAAACAACAUGGCGUCGAGUCCAAAGCGGGCUGGGAAAAGUCGUCGAGGUGGGGUCGGAAAUAGAAUUAUUAUAUUUUUGUAUAAGCCGGCACGGUGGCCAGCUGCAAAGCAUUGGCCUCGCGGUUCCGAAGUCCAGGGUUCAAAUCCCGCCGGUGUGGAGUUUGCAUGUUCUCCUCUUUCCAACGUCGCCAAAAUUGUGCGACAUUAAUCGGACACCUGACCAAACAUCCAGGAAUGUUGAACGAUUUUCAUGCUAAAUUUCAUUUUUGGUCAAUGAUAGAGGAAGUAAUAACUGCUUAUUUUAUGAAUAGCUUUUUCCGAAGAGCACUCUCACCCGAGAU